UGUUCACACCCUCUGAUUUUGUGAUGAUUUUCAAAACUAACCACAAAGUUUAAUUUCCUCAUGUUACAUUGGAGACGGGUUUUGAGCGUUUUCCAGCUGAAUGGCUCUCUUCAAAAUCCCCAGAAGCUAUCAGCUUCUAUCUUCUCCGCACACCUACAACUGCCGCUACUGCUUACGCUUCUCCUCCGCCACCACCACCGCAGCCGCAACCAAUUGGUACUCGCUCCCGCCAAAUCCUCACAAUGAAGACCCAAAGCUCUCAGCUAUCUCCCACGCCAUCAAAAACCACUCUGAGUCUCUCGACUACUCCUCCUCUCUCAGAAAGCUCCUCCCUUCCCUCACAGCCCGUGACGUUAUCAAUCUCAUCAACCUCAACCCCCACUCUCUCUCCCCUCUGUCUCUCCUCUCCUUCUUCGACUGGCUCUCUUCUCACCCCACGUUUCGCCACACCGUCCAAUCCUACUGCACCAUGGCCCACUUCCUUUGCGCUCACCAAAUGUACCCCCAAGCCCUCUCCCUCCUACGAAUCGUCGUUUCUCGCAGGGGAAAGGAUUCUGCAUCUUCCGUCUUCGCUUCGAUUCUCGAAACUAGAGGUACCCAUCAGUCCACUUAUGUGUUUGAUGCUUUGAUGAAUGCGUAUUUGGAUUCCGGGUUUGUUUCCGAUGCAUUUCAGUGCUUUAGAUUGCUUAGGAAGCAUAAUUUCCGAAUCCCAUUUCAUGUUUGUGGCUGUUUGCUUGAUAAAAUGUUGAAGUUGAACUCGCCUGUGGUGGCCUGGGAGUAUUUUUUGGAGAUUUUGGACGCUGGGUUUCCACCGAAAGUGUACGCUUUCAAUGUUUUGAUGCACAAAAUGUGUAAGGAAGGAAAAAUUGAACAGGUCCAGAUGGUGUUUGAUGAAAUUGGGAAGCGGGGUUUGCGCCCGAGUGUGGUUAGUUUCAAUACUCUGAUUAAUGGGUAUUGCAAAUCCGGGAAUCUGGAGGAGGGUUUUAGGUUGAAGAGAGGUAUGGAGGAGAGCAAAACAUUGCCUGAUGUAUAUACAUACAGUGUUUUGAUCAAUGGGUUGUGUAAGGAGUGUAGGCUGGAUGAUGCAAACUUGUUGUUUGAUGAAAUGUGUGAGAGGGGGUUGGUUCCGAAUUUUGUCACAUUUACGACUUUGAUUGACGGGCAGUGUAAGAAUGGCAGGAUUGGUUUGGCAAUGGAAAUUUAUCAGAAAAUGUUGGGGAGAGGUAUCAAACCAGAUGUGAUUACGUAUAAUACACUCAUAAAUGGCCUUUGCAAGGUUGGUGAUUUGAAGGAAGCUAGGAAGCUUGUUGAGGAGAUGAAUAUGACUGGGGUGAGGCCUGACACGAUCACUUAUACUACACUUAUUGAUGGAUGCUGCAAAGAAGGAGAUUUACAUUCGGCGCUAGAGAUAAGGCAGGGAAUGAUUAUACAAGGGAUUAAGCUUGACAAUGUAGCUUUCACAGCCCUUAUUUCGGGAUUGUGUAGAGAGGGAAGAACCCUUGACGCUGAAAAAAUGUUGAGGGAGAUGUUAGAUUCUGGCAUGAAACCUGAUGAUGCCACGUAUACAAUGGUCAUUGAUGGGUUUUGCAAGAAGGGCAAUGUUAAAAUGGGUUUUAAGUUGCUCAAGGAGAUGCAGAGUGAUGACUAUGUGCCAAGUUUUGUAACCUAUAACGCUCUUAUGAAUGGACUAUGCAAGCUAGGACAGAUGAAAAAUGCUAGCAUGCUCUUACAUGCUAUGAUUAAUUUGGGGGUGGCUCCAGAUGACAUUACAUACAACAUUCUAUUGGAAGGGCAUUGCAAGCAUGGAAACGCAGGGGACUUUGAAAAGCUACGGAGUGAGAAAGGGCUUGCUCUUGAUUAUGCUUCAUAUACUUCGCUAGUUACCGAAUUCAAUAAGUUUUCAAAGGAUCGUCGAAAGAGAUGAUUGGAGCAAGUUGCUGGAAGGAGAUGUUUUGGCAUUUUACGGACAGACCAAAUCUGCCAAAGAAGG